AGAUAAUGUUUAGACUUCCCACAGGCUAAUAGUUAAGACGCACCGGCACCCAGAACGUUACCUACGGUGCUGUGCAGUCUGCUUACGCAGCCUAAAAUUCAAUACGAGAGACACAUCUCGGCGAAGGAGCUGAAUUUUUGGCGUACAGAAUCAGAAAAUGAUUAAGCUUUUUUCCUUAAAACAGCAGAAAAAAGAUGAAGAAUCCGCUGGAGGAAACAGAACAGGAGCCGGGGGUAAAAAAGCAAGUGCGGCCCAGCUUCGAAUACAGAAAGACAUAAACGAGCUGAACCUUCCAAAGACAUGUGAGAUUGUCUUUCCUGACCAGGAUGAUCUACUGAACUUUAAACUCAUCAUUUCACCAGACGAGGGCUUCUAUAAAGGAGGCAAGUUUGUCUUCAGCUUUAAGGUCGGACAGGGCUACCCUCAUGACCCUCCCAAAGUGAAGUGCGAAACGAUGGUGUAUCACCCCAACAUUGACCUGGAGGGCAACGUGUGUCUAAAUAUUUUGAGAGAAGACUGGAAACCUGUGUUGACAAUUAACUCCAUCAUAUAUGGACUACAGUAUCUAUUCUUAGAGCCCAACCCUGAAGACCCCUUGAACAAAGAAGCAGCAGAAGUGCUGCAGACGAACCGAAGGCUCUUCGAGCAGAAUGUUCAGCGGUCGCUCCGCGGUGGCUAUGUGGGUGCCACCUACUUUGAACGGUGUCUGAAAUAGUGCCCAGCCAGCCAUCACUUCAUCCUAAGACACAUUUAUCGUUUACACACGUUAAGACACUGACUGACACGCUUGACAGAAGAGAGGAGGGAGGAGGGGUAGGCGGGGAGACAGACAGGCAGGUGGGCGGGCGAGUGAGUGGAGCUAAAGCUGGGUUUUAAAGUGGCAAGCUUGAACAGUCAGUGAUUGUUGUUCAGAGGAUCCUGAGGCAGUAAAUGUGCCUCCACUUUGCUGAUGUUUAUUUGGCUGAGAUUCGCAUGGAAACCAAUCGACAGACAUACUGCGGUUCGAAGAAACCUCUCUUUCCUCCCUGACAGACACUAGACAUUUUGGUAUGAAGACUCGCUGGGCUCAGCAGAACACCGAAGUCAUUUGAGCUUCUGUGGGGCAGAACCUGUAUGUCACAGCACACGUAUUUGACUUGAGAAACACACACACUUCCAUGACCGACUGACAGAAUGACUGACCGACCGACCAACCGACUGCAGAAAUGGCAGACAGGAUCAGAAUGCAGGUUUGGCUCUUACGGGGUUGGGAGAUAAUUUGUUUUGUUAACGUUUUCUCUGUGUGUGUGUAGGGGGGGGGUGUUGGGACCGGGUUGGGUUGUGCUGGGCAGGGUCUUAGAAAAUGUUACAAUUCUAUUGUGUAUAUUGAAAUCCCAGCUGUUCACAAUGACUGCAAUAUGAAUUAUGUUAAAUAAAAUAUGGACUUGAAUGCUUAUACACGAAGAUGAGCACAAACACCAACAUCAAA